ACAUUUCAACAUGGUGAAUUUCUUCUUGAGUAUGCUGGAAAUUGUAUUAGCAAAGUUGAGGGUGAAAAAUUGCAAUCUACAUAUCCUGAUGAAGCUGGUUCCUUUUUAUUUUUUUAUAAUAACAGUUGGUAAGCAAAUUGUACAUAUAUGUUGUGAUUAUUUUAAUAUCCACAGCAGUUACUUGCGUAAAGAUUGUUGGAAAGAAACUUUAUUUACGAAUUUUGUAAAGAGCACAGGAUAAUUUUUGCAAAUAAAUGCCGGCAAAAAAUAUUUUCUUUUGAGAAAAAUGGAAAAUUUGAUUUUCAUAAAAUAUUCAGGAAAAUUGUCACAAAAGUCAGUUGUGAAAUUUGAAAAGUACUCUAGGUAAUAUACUGCAAUUUUAAGAUUAUUUAUAAUAGCAUUGAUGCAACUGAGAACACACAGUUUGGGAAAUACGUUAAUGACAGCAAAAAUGCCAAAAACUGUUGCAUGAAACCGAUAUAUGAUGAUAAUGGGCAUUUGCAUCUUUGCCUGUUUGUUUUGUGUGACAAAGUCAUAUCUAUUGGAGAAGAGUUGAGAUAUUCGUAUGGAGAUAUGAAAGAACUUUUUUGGAGAAAAAACAAGGAGACUGCUUCACCAUAUUUUGCAAAUAUUGAUGUUGUUACCAAGCAGGGAGUAAGUUUUUUUGUAAUAUAUACAUUUUUCUUUUUCUUCACUAGAGUAACUGCUAUUUUUCUUUUCUUUCUUUUCAGUUUGUUUUAUGCGAUCCUGGGAAUGUAAUUGUGAGUAUCCAAUCAUAGAUUUUGAACUUUUUGUUCAAAAAAUUCUUGUGUUUAUAAUAAAACCUUUUUUGUGAUUUUAGAAUAACCAAAAAAAGAAAAUUUAUUCUGAACAUGAUGAUGAAUUCAUUUCUGGUAGUGCAACAACAGAGGAAGAUGUCAAGGAAUGUCUGGACAAGAUAAUGGGGAAAAUGACGAAGAAAAAUGUGAUCAAGUAGUUGUUCGGAAAAAAGACGGAAGUAUUGAACUAAAAUCUGACACCUGUGUAAAAGAUAAAGAUGAUGUGAAUGCAAAGUUUAUUGAUGUUGUUGAUGUAUAUGAACCCAAGAAUAACGAUCCUGUUCGUUUAUAUAGUAAAAACGUAGGCGAAGGAAAAGAUUCAGUUGCUAUCAAUGGUCAGAAUGUUGAUUUGUGUGAAAAAUUAGAGGAGGAAGUAGAGGAAAAUAUUAAAUGCAAAGGUUUUAAUGGUGGUUAUCAGACAAAUGGUGCUACUGUUUACAUGCAAUUAGAAAACAUGGGAGGGGAGAAAUAUUGUGUUCAUAAACUCCAACUUAAAGAAAAUGUUGAAAACACAGCUAUCAUACAGGAUAUGGAAAUAGUUGGUGAAAAUAAAGAACAAGUUGCUGCUGAAAUCAUUACAGAUAUUGUCAGUGUUAUAGAUAGAAGUGUCACUAAUGACAAGGUUCUUGAUUUUGUUGAUGUAUGUGAACCCAAGGGCAAUAAUUCUGAUAGUUUACACAAUCAAAGUGUAGGUGAAGGCAAAGAUGCAGUUUUGGUCAAUCGUGUUGCUGGUAGUGUGAGUUAUAAGGUGGAUAAUCCUACUGUUUAUACACAAGUAGAAUCAAACGAAGGGGACAGAUAUUGUGUUGAUGAACCUCUACAUGGACAGAAUGUUAAGGAAACGAAUAUUGCUGGUAUACAGGAUAUGAAAAUAGGUUGUGAAAAUAAAGAACAAGUUGCUGAAAUCAUUGCAGAUGUUGUCAGUGUCCAAGGUCGAAAUUACAAGAGUGCAGAUGUGGUUGCAUCAGGUGUAAAUACGUACAAGAACAGUACUUACCAAUCAAAAAAAAAGAUUCAGGAAAAUAUUGGCAGUGGUGUAAAUAAAAAGAAUGUCAUUGGUGGAGAUAAAUUUGCAGACUACUACAAGGACAUAGAUUUUGCCAAGCUGGAUUGUAGUGACGAUGAUGUAAAAAUUACUUAUCCGGAAAUUGAAAUUGUCCCUGAUUUCAGCAGUUCUGACAGUGAAACAGUAAGUAUUGAAGGUCCAUGUUCCAUUUUGAAUGGUAGUGAUGAAGAAACAACUUUUCCAUUAAAAAUUAAUUUUAGAAAUGACAAAACUGAAACACUGACAAAAGUAUUGGAGAAGUUCAUGAAAGUUGAUCUUGAAGAAAUAGAAACUCUAGCAUCGACAAAGGUGUGUCAAGUUGCUGAACAUACGCAGACCAUUAGGGAAGUCAGCUGUUGUGAACAAGUUUCAGUGAAAAAUGAUUCUGGUUUGGAGAUUGAUGAGGAUUUAGACAUUGUGAAUACUGAUAGUGAACAGGAAACAAUUGAAGCCGAGUCUAAAAAACUGCAGAAAAAAAGUCCUUACAAAAAACCGUAUAGAAUGUGCAUUUAUUGUUCUAUAAUGUCUUCAAAAUUGAGCAGACACAUUAAAAAAUGUCAUAAGGAAAAUGAAAGAGUGAAAAAUGCACUAAAGAUGACUAAGGUGAAGCAAAUUGAGGAAUGGAAAAAAAUUAAAAGGGAAGGAAUUUUAAUGUACAACAAGUUGCAAGCUACCACAGAAAAUCCUAUUUUCCAAGGAGAACGUCAAAGAAAGAAAUACUUGGAAUUGCAACGUUGUAAUUUAUGCUCUGCUUUUAUCUCUAAGCGUUUCUUUGCCAGCCCCAAAAGAACGUGCAUGAGAAGACAAGAUGCUGUCCCAACAGGCUUGCCAUUGUCACUGGACUUCCUUCCAAUGUCACUCCAAAUGUCGGAUCAAUUCAAGGAAGUCAUUUUGGCCAAGCUUAGAGAUGAUCCCGUAGGAAAUAUAUGUCGCAAAGAUGAAAUGAUAUUACGAAUUGGAAUGAAGUUGUUUGCAAAGCUUGUAGUCAAAAAAGAAAAAGCAGCCACCGUGAAUAAAUCUGUUAGGGGUCAUAUGCGAGUGUUAGGUAGCCUGUACCAAUCUUUUAAGAGGAUGAAUGGCGUUUGUCAUGAUCAUGGUAAUUUGUUAGAUAUGUUUGUGCGAAAGAAUUUUACGUGUUUUACUGAUGCCAUUGACGCUGUUACUUUGAAUGUUGAUCGUAGUCUUAAGCCAGGACUACGCCAGAAUGUUUUUUACAUCAUCAACAAAAGUGUAAAAAUAUUGUAUGCUCAUCAAUAUAUGUUAGCUAACGAAGAGGAGGCCAGUGAAAUCGAAAAAUUUAUGGUAUGCUAUAAAGCCAACGAGGAUUGCAUGGUUUCCUCUGCACGAUACGAGCUUGAAAAAAAAAGGCUAGUUAAAAUAAGAAAACCAUGUCAGUUGCCUUUGGAAAGCGACAUUGAGAAAAUACAUCAACAUAUUCUCAAGAGAAUGGGUGAACUACUGUGUGUUUUUGAGUUAUGGACUGCUCACUCUUUUGUUGAACUGAGGAACUUAGUACUCACACGACUAACAUUAUUGAAUGGGCGCCGUGGUGGGGAAACAAGUCGCCUCCUAGUAAAAGAUUGGUUAGAAGCAGAAAGCGAUAAUUGGAUUGAUCAACAACGUCUUCAGAGUUUGAAUGAAGCUGACAAACUAUUAGUGAGUUCACUAAAAAUAACCUACAUGACGGGUAAAGGAAAUCAUCAUUUGGUGUCUGUUUUAUUUCCAAACGACACUACUUCUGCUAUGAAAAGGUUAGUUGAUCCAAAAUUUAGAUUCAAGGCUGGUAUCGAUAAAAAUAAUGAUUUUGUGUUUGCCAGCACACAGCUGUCAUCUUUAAAUGUGUCUGGCUGGCAUGCAUUGAAAGAAGUCUGUAAGAAACUAGAACUUACCAAUGUGGAAAUUAUAAAUGCAACCACUAAUAGACACCGCGUCAGCACUUUAUAUGCUGCGUUGGACCUGCCACAACAGGAAAGACAACUGUUCUACGCCCAUAUGGGUCAUUCUGAAAGCAUGAAUAAAGAUAUUUAUCAAGCCCCAUUAGCUUUAAUGGGAGUCACAAAGAUUGGAAAACAAUUAAUAAAUCUCCAUGCAAGCGAUAACGGUCAUAUUGAAGAAACUGAUAAAAGUUUAAAAACAUUUAAAGACAAAACUCAUACAGAAGACAAGAAAUUGGCAACUAACUAUGCAGUGACAAGUACUCCCGUAAGAACAUCAGCUGAAGCGACAAAGACAAAAAGAUCAGUGGGGAAAAGAGUGAUGAUGCUGUCGAGCAGUUCAUCGGAUGAAGAAGCUAUUGAAUCAAAAAAUGUACCAGUUGAAGCUAGGAAGUAUCCUUUGCGUGGCAGAUCAAAAAAAAGAAAAAAGUACGUUAAAAUUACUGAUGCCCAAAUUAGAGAUGAUUCAUGUGAUCCUACUUCCUAUGAAGAUAAAGAAGAGAAUGAGAGAUUGAAAUGCAAACCUGUCAAAUCCAGUGUCAAGUGGACUCCGGAAUUAAAUAAAGUGUUCUUCGAAGAAUUUGGUUGUUACGUGCGUCGCACCAAUGAUCGACCAUUUCCAGGUCGACUGGAAAUGGAAAAUUUUGCAAAAAGUUACUUUGGAUCAGCCAAUUUUGCCUUCGCUGUGCGAACAAAAAUAAACAACGAGCGGAAAAAGUUCGAUGACAUAAAGAAUAAAAGGUUGAAAGAAAUUGGACUAACUAGUUAAUCAUGCAGUUAUUUUUGCUUUACUAAUUUUUUGUUUGGAUAUACUGACUUAAGCUAACUUGUGAAGUUGUCGCUUUGAAUUACCUAAUUUCUAGUCAUUUUGGUGUCUAUUUACAUUCCUGCGUUCUGUACAUGUAUUACGCACAAAUGAGUUAGUGUGGAUUUUUUUCCUUUUUUUUUAAGUUAUGAAUCGAUCCAUUUAUUCUUUGCAAUUUAUUUGUAAUUUUAUGUUCAGAAAGAAAAAUUAGUCCACAUUUUGCUUUCUUUAUUUCUCCUUGGUUCAAACCUGUGAAAUGACUAUGUGUCAUCCUAUAGGAAAUGUUUUGCGCCAAUACACUAAUAAUUACCGUCGGGUAGACCUUUUGUACCUUCUCACGGUCACGUUAUACGCAAGUGAUUUUGCUGUUUCACCAAUCUUCGGAGUAACAGGUGUUUCAAGUGUAAAUCCACUUCCGAACAAACUGGACAGAAAUUAAUAAAUUGAUUAAACGUAGUUUUACAUUAUUUGCUCAAAAAUAUGAAGUGAAAAUACAUAAUAGUUUUAGAAACAGCGAAAAGCUCACAUUUAAAACGACUGCUUCAAGAAUAUUUUUUUCCGACAUGAACGGAACAGGUAAAUAAGGCAUGAUUGGGUAUAAAUCAUAAGCCAUUCUUUUCGUUUACCGAAAUUUUAUGAUCCUGCAAGUGGAAAAUUGUCUUAGAGUAAAGAGUUGUUUUAAUGUCUUUUCCGUUUCUUGAGAUCGAUCAAAGAAGGGUAAACUUCGUUAGUUCGCACAAAUAUUGACAUCUGGUUAGAGUAAACAAACAAAAAACCA